AUGGGCUCUUGCUCUGGAAAGCGUUCCCAAAAUAAUUCUGCUACUAAGAACCCAAGUAAUUAAUAGGAAUCAGAUAAUACUUCCCCUUAAAAACUUCAACUUAAUGAUGGUAAAUCUAUUUUAUUGAAUUUAAAGCUUAAACUUGUCUAGGUAAUCUUAUCAUUACAAGUGAAAAGUUAGGACGUAUCACAAAGGAUUAUACACUCUUAAAUCCUCCUUUAGGAAGUGGUAUAAAAAUUAUUAGAUCUAAUUUAGGUGCAUAUGGUGAAGUUAGAAAAGCUAUUCAUAAAAGCACAAAUCUAAUGAAAGCUGUAAAAAUAAUACACAAAUCUUAAACAAGUAAGGAGGAAUAAGAAAGAUUAAUGAAUGAAGUUAAAAUGCUAUAAAAAUUAGUAACCAAAUAUUAUAUUAAAGGAUCAUCCAAACAUAAUUAAGAUUUAUGAAUUUUAUUAAGAUGAGAGAUUCUUUUAUAUAGUAACAGAACUAUGUACUGGAGGAGAACUAUUUGAUAAAAUAAGAUAAGAAGGUAGUUUUUCAGAAAAGAAAGCUGCUGAUAUAAUGAAACAAAUAUUAUCGGCAAUCAAUUAUUGUCAUGAUGAGAAGAUUGUUCAUAGGUAAAAAAUAAUUAUAAUAUUUUAUAUAGAGAUUUAAAACCAGAAAAUCUUCUAUAUGAAUCUGAAAAGGAUAAUUCUAUGCUAAAAAUUAUUGAUUUUGGUACUUCAAAAGAAUUCGUUCCAAACCAAAAAUUAAAUUAGAAGUUAGGAACACCAUAUUAUAUUGCUCCUGAAGUUUUGAAAAAGAAAUAUGAUGAAAAAUGUGAUAUAUGGUCUUGUGGUGUAAUUCUAUACAUUUUAUUGUGUGGGUAAACUUAUUAAUUUAUUUUAGAUAUCCACCAUUUGAUGGUAAAAGUGAAGAAAAAAUAAUGGAAAAAGUUUCAAAAGGGGUUUACUCAUUUGAAACUUAGGAAUGGGAAGAAGUAUCUAAAGAGGCCAAAGAUUUCAUUAGGAAAAUGUUACAGUUUGAACCAAGUUAUAAAUUAUCAUUAUUAUAUUAAGAUAAGAGAUACAGUGCUUAAUAAGCUUUAAAUGAUCCUUGGAUUAAAAAAUUUACAAAUCCUACUGAAUUUGAUAAACCAUUAAUGACAAAAGUUUUGACAAAUAUGAGAAAAUUUACAGAAUAAUAAAAGUUAUAAGAAGCUGUUUUUAAAUUUAUUGUUAAUUAAUUGGCAACUAAAGAGGAAAAAGCUGAAUUAUUAAAAAUAUUUUAAUGUUUGGAUACUAAUCAAGAUGGAAAAUUAAGUAAAGAGGAGUUACUAGCAGGUUAUUCUAAGAUUAUGAAACCAGUUGAAGCAGCAGAAGAAGUCAAUCGUAUAUUUUAAUAAGUUGAUAAAAAUAAUUCUGGAUCUAUUGAUUAUACAGGUAAAUUAUUAUUAUCUAUCUAAUAUUAGAAUUUGUUAUUGCCACAAUUGAUAGAUAAUAAUUAUUAUCUAAAUAGAGAUUGUAAGUUACUUUUCGUAUGUUUGAUAAAGUAUAAUAUACAAUUAUUUAGGAUAAAAGUGGAAGUAUAAGUAUAGAUGAGUUGAAAGAAAUAUUUAGUGGAAUCCCAGAAGAUAUGUGGAAACAAGUAGUAUAAGAAUUUGAUUCUAAUUCUGAUGGUCAAAUUUCAAUAGAAGAAUUCUUUACAAUGAUGAAGAAAAUCGAUUGA